AUGGCUAUUUCUACCGUCAACCGAGAAUAUUACAAAAUAUUAAAUGAUGAUGAUUUACUAUCUCAACUAGUUCCCCAGGCCGAUGAUUCCGAAGACAAGGUCUUGAAAGGUCCGAUCGGAUCCGGCGUCAGAACAUGUCGGAAUCCGACAAAAUCUGGCACAAGUUGGAAUCAUGUAGUAUUAUGUCGGAAUCCUGGCGCCCAGAUUCUGUGCCGAAAACAAGGAUGUAUUCUUUCACCUUUACUGUUUAUUAUUGCGAUUGAUUGGAUACUUCAAAAAGCUCCGAAAGAUCAAAAGUUAGGAGUUAAAUUGAAUUAUAAACAGGAAAUAGAAGAUUUGGAUUUUGCAGACGAUAUCGUACUUAUAGCUGAUAAUACACAGAAAAUGCAAGAAAAAACAGAUCGUAUAGAUACUCAUAGUAAAUCAAUAGGGCUAAAAAUAAAUGCAAAGAAAAAAAAUAUUAUGGUGGUAAAUGAAAACAAGUUUGGAGAUGAUGUAGAAAUUAUAGUUAAUAACAAUAAAUUGGCAAAGGCGCAGGAGUUUAUGUAUUUGGGCAGCAAAAUAUCUCAAAGCGGUGACAUUAUGAUAGAGAUAAACAAUAGAAUAGCUAAAGCAGCAUAUGCACUGAAAGCACUAAACAAACUAUGGCAAAAUAAAGGUAUUCCAUUGAAAACAAAGAUGCAACUGUACAAAGCAAAUGUAAUAGCAGUGCUCAUAUAUAGUAGUGAAACGUGGCAGCUAACCAAACAACAAGAAGAAAAAAAAUUCUUUUGA